AUGGACUUCUCCGACCUGCCUACCGACCAUUUCGCCAAGGCUGAUCAAUUCACUCGAGAUUUAUACUACGAUGUCUAUCCAUCCGUCGAUCCCUCAUCAAAAUUACUCAGCCAAAAUGGGAAGAUAAUCCUGGUUACUGGCGCUAGUUCAGGUAUUGGACGUCAUGGAAUUGCCUUGUCUUUCGCCAAGGCAGGCACAAGUGUCCUUAUACUUGCGGGACGAAACAAGCAUGAUCUAGAGGCUGCUGCUGCGGAAAUACACGUGGUGGCCCCAACGGUUCAGACUGACGUUAGGGUGGUCGAUAUUAGCAACGAGACUCAAGUCAAGAACACAUUUCUUGAACUUAGAGAAGCGUAUCCAAGAAUCGAUAUCCUUGUCAACAAUGCCGGCGCUGGAGGCUCUCCACUUCCACUUGUUGAGAUUGACGCAGAGAGAUGGUGGUACAACUUUGAAGUCAAUGUCAAAGGGACGUUCUUGAUGACCCAACAGUUCUUGCAGCUGAAUGGGAAGGACAGUGAGGUGACUAUAAUAAACGUGACAAGCGCAGCCGCGUUGAAUUCAUUCCCAUGUCUAUCGAGCUACGCCCUCUCAAAGCUCUGCCAAAUCAAGCUACAGGACUUUGUACGUGCAGAGAAUCCCAAAGUUCGAACCUUCAGCCUACACCCUGGAAUCGUCAAGACCCGCAUGACUCCUCAUGCCUUCGAACGUUUUUCAAGGGACACGUUCGAGCUGGUUGGCGGUGUUACUGUUUGGUUGGCGUCUGAGCAUGCCACGUUCAUGAAUGGGAGGUACAUGUCCGUUAACUGGUCUGUGGACGAGCUGGUUGAGAGGAAGGAUGAGAUUGUCUCGAACGGCCUACUCAAGAUUGGGCUACAGGGGAAAUUCGGUCGUUCCUGA